AUGAGCGGCCACUGUACAUCAUCAGCUCGAGCUCAUCUGCGCAGUCUCUCACUUGACGCGCACCUUGGCCAGGAACUCGCCCUUGUGGUAGUGCAGAUCUGUCCCACAGACUCCACACGCUGAGAUUUUGACCUCUGCAUGUCAGUACGUGAGCACGGUGCUGGAGGUCGCUGUACUGUACCAGGACAUCGUCGUCGCCGAUUGCGGGCACGUCGACCUCGACGACGGCGAACUUUUCCGGCGCAGAGUAUCUUCACCAUGUCCGUUAGUCUGCAUCGCCUCGGAAGGGCGGCUUUCGUACUGCAGCGCUUUCAUCGUGGCCGGCACGUCUGCACGGCGGCGCUGCUGAAGCUGAAUAUCCACAUCGGUCUCGCUGGGUGCCAUUGCAGCCUACAAUACUUUAAAGGAUCUGCAGCGCGACUCGAAGACAUUCUCAGAUUCGGGGUCGCUCUCGCUUUAUAUAGCGUGCGGUCUGCACCUCGAGCCGAGAUGCAGCUACACGCGUGCUACGUGUGUAGAAAGCGGGGUUAACCUUGGGUACCGCGCCGUUCGUUCGCGACGCCGGGUGGAUCUCGUCUGACCUCAACCUCACUGCCUCGUUUCCAAGUCGCAGACCGCGUGCGGUUGCGAGCUUUGACCACCAGCCGUCUCACGGAUCGAAG